CGCUAGCCGUCUCAAAGAUGUUGUCUCGUUUGGCUUGCGGCAGAACGUUCGUUUCGUCUGCCUUGCUAAAAUCAACUCUGCAAACGAUUCCGAAACGUCAGCAGCAAGUGUUCCGGCAGUAUGGACGCGAUGUAAAGGGUGGAAGCAGUGGCAGCAGCACCGGAUGGACAUCUCGCGCAGAACGCAUGACAUUGCGUGAGCGAGCGAUGGCUCCGCCCGGUCCGAAUGCGUACGCGAUCGGUAAAGGAGCGGUGGCAGGCGGUGCUGCUCUAGGUCUCGGAGCGUUGUGCUUCUAUGGGCUUGGAUUGGGCAGCGGAACAAGCACGCUGGAAAAUUCGCACCUGUGGCCAGAAUUUGUGAAACAGCGCAUCCAGGACACAUAUCUGUACUUUGGUGGUUCGCUCGCCAUUUCGGCGGCUAGUGCAUUGGCCGUCUUUCGGUCACCCCGGUUGCUAAGUUUGGUUUCGAGAAAUGGUUGGAUGUCAAUUCUCGGUACUUUCGCACUGAUGAUCGGCUCCGGCAUGGUAGCACAGUCUAUCCCAUACAGUCCCGGUUUGGGUGCGAAACAACUAGCAUGGGCGACACAUUCGGCUAUUUUGGGUGCCGUCAUCGCACCGAUGUGCUUCGUUGGAGGGGCAAUCUUAACACGGGCCGCAUGGUACACGGCCGGCAUCGUUGGUGGCCUUUCUACGGUGGCCGUUUGUGCACCGAGCGACAAAUUCCUGUACAUGGGAGGCCCGCUAGCCAUCGGUCUCGGGGUGGUGUUUGCUUCCUCCCUGGCCUCGAUGUGGCUUCCACCGACUACGGCACUCGGUGCGGGUAUUGCAUCGCUUUCGCUGUACGGUGGACUGUUGCUUUUCAGCGGAUUCUUGCUGUACGACACGCAAAAGAUUGUAAAACGUGCGGAGAUGUACCCGCUGUAUGCACCCCGACCAUUCGACCCUGUCAAUGCAGCAAUUUCGAUCUACAUGGAUACGUUGAACAUUUUCAUCCGAAUCGUCACUAUUUUGGCUGGCGGUGGUGGUAAUCGUCGCAAGUAAAGUAGUAUUCUGUCUGAUUUCGUAGAGCAUAUUUGUUACUAUACGGUUCUAUCUUGUCUUUAGUCAUUG